GCGGUUGGGCUGCCGGCGGAGGCGGGCGCUGCGGCGGCCCCUGGGUGGUGGCGGCGGCGGUAGCGGCGGCAGCGGCCGGGCCGGGCCGGGGGCAGCGCCAUGGCCAAGUGGGGGCAGGGGGACCCGCGCUGGAUCGUGGAGGAGCGCGCGGACGCCACCAACGUCAACAACUGGCACUGGACGGAGCGGGACGCGACCAGCUGGUCGAAGAACAAGCUGAAGGAGGUGCUGGUGGGGCUGGUGGUGGAGGGCGAGGCCGGGCGCUGCGAGAUCAGCGACCUGAAGCACGUGGAAGGCGAAGCGUCCUGCAACAGCCGCAAAGGGAAGCUCAUCUUCUUCUACGAGUGGAACCUGCGCCUCGGCUGGAGAGGUACAGUGAAAGAGUCUGGUGAGAAACAUAAGGGAUCUGUUGAAAUUCCUAACCUGUCAGAAGAAAAUGAGGUAGAUGAUACAGAGAUCAAUGUUAGCAAAAAGAAAGGGGAAGGUGAUGUUCUGAAGGACCUUAUGAGAACUGAAGGAACCACAAAAGUCAGAGAGGCCCUGAGAGAUUAUCUGAAAGCACUUAAAACAGAGUUUACCUUGGGAAUGAUUCUGCCAACGAAAGCUACUGUUGGUCAGGAGCUGGCCACUGAACGAAAACUAAGUGGGAACACCAUGCAAGAUUCUGUUUCACCACAGUCUUUGGAUAUAGUUGGUGUAAAAAUUCCAACAGUGAAGAUACUGAUGAGAGAAAUCUUCAACUCUCCAGCAGAUGAACUUUACAGCAUCUUCACAACUAAGGAAUUGGUACAGAAGUUUUCUAAAUGUUCUGCUGUGAUUGAAGCUGAGAAAGGAGGCAAACUUCAGAUGUUCGAUGGCUGUGUCAGUGGUGAAUACACAGAAUUGGUCCCAAGGCAAAGAAUUGUCCUGAAGUGGAGGUGUCGAAGCUGGCCUGAUGAACAUUAUGCAACGGUUGCCUUGAAUUUCAAGGAUAUGGCUGCUCAAACAGAACUGCAGUUAGAGUGCAAAGGAGUUCCUGUCUCUAAUGAAGAUAGUACAAGACAAUGUUGGAAGAAGCAGUAUUUUGAAGAAAUACGUAUUUUACUUCAGCAAUCCAAAGACACCAUGGAAUGAUAACAGCACUGUAGUUUUGUUAGGGCAUUACUUUUUAUACUUUGUUAACAUUUGGUUUUUUAAAAAAAGUAAUUUAUUUGGGGGAAGAAUAAAGACCCACUUCUAUGAUACUGUAUAUAAUUUAAGCAUUAUUUAUGGAAUUUUAGUGAAUGAGGUGGUGAAUAAGUCAGACUAUGUAUAUAAACAGCUUUACUUGGGGAAACUGAUCUCUGUUCUGCUUGCCUGCUUGCCUGCAACUUCAGAGAGUAAUAAUGAUUCAGCUGCAGUCAAGUACUACCAUCAUAGGUAGGUAAGCUACAUGAAUCAAUAGGAAGCACGUGCAGUUCUUUAAUAUUCAGUGUAUCGAGUGGCAGAAUGAACUCCCUCUAGGAGGUGGGGUUCCCAUCAGAGGUGAACUGACAGGGAUUACAAAGCUGCUGAUACAUCAGAUCUUUCAAGAAAUGGGGGGGGGGGGUAUAGUUCACAGCCUCUUCAAAUCCUUCAUAAGAGUGCUUUAACUGCAGACUGAAUUUGUUUCUAACUCUGUCAACAGUUUUAGGGAAAGAUAAUUAACAAUGUCAUGUAAUUCUGGUUGGUAUGCACUGUUAAGUCUGCAUGCACUGUACUCCCUUACUUGACCUCAGUGUGAAAUUUAUUUUGGAAGAAACAAACAGCAAUAAUGCUUUCCUUCUGCAACUGUGUAAAUCUUCCACUUACUUAAAUGAUUUAUGGCCCUCUGCAAUUCCGUAGCUCAAACUACAGCGAGCAACUGGUUGUUAGAGAAAUUUGACAGGAACAUAGUUGGGAUAUUGAAAGUAAAGAAUUGUUACUCUUAAUUAAACCACAUUGAGGUUAGCAGGGAUAACUUAAUUUGCAAAUGCUUUAUAAAAAGUGUAUGAAUUAAGUAUGCAAUUAGAAACAAACCGACCAAAAAAAGGCAAGCUGCCUUUGGAAAACGUGGCUGGCUCAAUAAAAUACAUCAUUUUA